GCUCAACAGACUCAAGAGUAGUCGGACCUAAUCUCAAACACUAUGGCAGAAACCAGUAUCGAGAUUCCCUGCUGGCGGGACCGAAUCGCCAGCCGCCUCGCUCCUCUAGGAGCGUACAGCUUGCUCGACAUCACCCAGCGUAGGCCCUGGGGUGAGCACGGAAUCCCCACCGACAUCCAGAUCAUCGUGGCCUUCACGCGCGGUCGGCCCUUUUUCACCUUCAUUAUCGCCCCCAUUGAUGAACCCGCCUGGUACGCCGCCACACUCUACCGCGAAUGGUGGAGCGCAGCGACCGACCAUAACUACGCGAUCCCGCCCAGGAUGAUACUCGCCGGCGGCGGCGUCAUCGACGGCCGGGUUAGCUUCUGGACGUACGAGGUCCGCGCCUUCGGGGGCCCUCGCUUGGCGGCCCUCUGGGGCUGCCGCGGCCAGGACUCGUUUGACUGGUGGGCCGAUGAGUUUCUCAUCCUGCGCUUCUUCUUCGACCUGUCGGACAACGUGAACGCGGUCGUUUGGGGGCCUACCUUCGGGGGUGCCUUUAGCGGGUGGGACUUCCCCGCUCAGGCGAAUUACUUCUCGGUCAUCUUGAACCAUAAUGCCCGAGAGGCGGGUGCGACUGCGCCACUUCGUCCCCGUACCAUUACGGGUAUUGCUAACGUCCAACAGAGCGCUGCUGCUACUCUUCCUCCGGCUACCCUUCAGGUUAAUGGUGUUUUUCCUGCUGUCGCUGCUCCCGCACCUCCCCAGACAGAUGACGAAGCAGACGAAGAUGAUCGUGAAGAUCGUGCUCAUCGCUCCGGCACGGUCACUCCGCAGCCCACUGCACCAAAUGAGUCUGCCUCGGACAGUCCUGAGGGCUCUGCUACUGAGUCUUUCUACAGCCUCGCCUCGUCGGAAUACUUCUCUGCUGAUUCGAGAUAGUAGGAUAGUGGGGGUGGCUUUGAUGGAUCGGUUGAGCUCACGAGGUGUUUGGCAAGGGAUGAUAGGUAAGAUUCUGCUGUUUCGGCCAUCAUCUCAUCACAAUAGGAUUUUCUUUUCCCCUGAUAUCAAAAGCUUGUAGUAUGAAACUUAUUCUCAUUUGUAUUCCCAUUUUGUUCUCCCAUUUCUUCUAAGCAUGACUAACUAUACCUAGCAUUUUACGCCUUGU